GGUUGGGUAAUUAUAUAAAGAGAGAACAAUUUAGGGAUCCAAAUACCAAAGGUUGAUAGGCUUGCCGUUCCCUUUUGUAGUAAUAAUAUGGUUGUAGAAUGGAGCUUGGUUUCUGUGGUCUCUCUGUGUCUUUUGGCGAUCAUAGGCUUCCACUGCUGCUGCCUUCAUGCCGACCAACCUCCAAAAGGAUCGGAAGGUUUCAUCAACAUUGACUGUGGUUUAGCUCAAGAUACAACAAUCACAUCGCACGGGUUAGUUUAUAAAUCCGACAAAGAUAUGAUAAAAUCAGGAAUGAGCAAGCAAAUAUUAGCAUAUGAUGGUAAUAAUAAUUGGGAUCUACAAUAUUGGACCUUGAGAAGCUUUCCAAAUGGCACAAGGAAUUGCUAUCAUCUUGAAGUAGAUUCAGCUCCAAGAAGCCAAAAUAAUAAUAGUAAUACGAAAUAUCUCAUAAGAGGUUACUUUGUGUAUGGCAAUUAUGAUGGCCUCAACUUUGCUCCUACUUUUGACUUGUAUCUUGGCCCCAACUUGUGGGCAAGACGAAGAAUGAAUACCACAUAUAUUGAAGCCAUUACUCUCCUUUACCCUUCACAAGAUUACUUUGAUGUGUGUUUUGUUAAUAUAAAUAGUGGAGUGCCUUACAUUUCCUCCUUGGAAUUACGACCCUUCAACAUCUCCCUUCAUGGAAUCCCAUAUCCUACACAUUCUCAACAUCUCCAAAUCUUAGGACGAUACAACGUCGGAGGCACUCAAAUGAUCAAGUACCCAGAAGAUGUUAAUGAUCGACAAUGGGAUACUAUCGAUUGCAGUACAUUUGGUUAUAACACGAGCCUACUAUCGAUCGACGAAGCUGAGACCGACAACAACGACGACAGUAAUCCAUACAAGCUGCCACAAUCGAUGCUGCGAACAGCCUGUGAAUCCACGAAUUUGAGUAUUCCAUUGGCGUUGCAAUGGACGCCAUCAGAUCAAGGGAGCUUACGAUAUUACUUUUACUUUUGCUUUCAUUUUGCAGAGAUUGAGAAGAAGCUUAAGGCUGGGCAGUUCAGAGAGAUGAGCAUUGUGUUUAAUGAUGUACACACAAUUACCAACUCCAUUAAACUACAGCUCCCAUAUCUGAAACCACUCUCCUUUUGCUCAAAAGAAUCCUAUGAAGUUUUACUCAACCAACCUAUCAAAUUAUCAGUUUCUGCUACCUCUUCCUCUACCCUCCCUCCUAUCCUUAAUGGCAUCGAGAUUUUUUAUAUUAGGGACGCUUCAAAUCCACUCACCUUCUUCGAAGACGUGAAGGCAAUGAGGAAGAUUAAAGAAGAGUACAAGGUGAGUAAAAAUUGGGAAGGUGAUCCCUGUCAACCAGUUGAGUUCUCAUGGGAGGGUUUGAAUUGUAGCAAUGACCACACUUGGCCCAGAAUCAUUUCACUUAACUUGAGCAGCAGCAACUUGACUGGACAUAUUGUAUCUUCCAUCUCCAAUCUAACUGCAAUCAACACCUUAGAUCUAUCAAAGAAUGAGUUGGAAGGGGAAGUACCAGAAUUCUUGGCGCUAUUGCCAAAACUUCAACUUCUUAACUUAAGUGGAAACAAGCUCAACGGCGUACUUCCUGACAAUCUUCUCAACAAAUACAAAAAUGGAAGUUUAGUUUUAAGUGUGGAAGGAAAUGAAGAACUGUGUUGGUCACAACCAUGCAACCACAAAAAGAAAAAGUUGCCAAUUUCUAUUCCUAUUCUCUGCUCUGUCAUUGUGGCCCCUAUUCUUGUCCUUGCAAUCCUCUUGGGACUCAAAAUAACCUAUACAAGAAAAUCCAAAGAGAAAUCACUUGAAUCAAGCCAUGAAGGAGAAUCAUUGAAAAUGAAGAACAGACACUACAGUUAUUUAGAGGUUCUGAGUAUUACUGAUAACUUUGGAGUGGUUAUUGGAGAAGGAGGAUUUGGUAAAGUUUAUUUAGGUACUUUAAAAGACAAAACUCAAGUCGCAGUGAAGGUUCUUUCUCCAUCAUCCCAACAAGGCUACAAACAAUUUCGAGCCGAGAUACAACUCCUGAUAGUUGUUCACCAUUGCAACUUGGUUACUCUUCUUGGAUACUGUGAUGAAGGCAAUCACAAGGCCCUCAUUUACGAAUACAUGCCCAAUGGCAAUUUACAACAACAUUUAUUAGACACAAAUACUAACACUCUUAGUUGGAUGCAAAGACUCCAAAUUGCAGUGGAUGCAGCACAUGGAUUGGAGUAUCUACACAAUGGUUGCAAGCCCCCAAUUAUCCAUAGAGAUUUGAAACCUGCCAACAUAUUAUUAGACAACACAAUGCACGCAAAAAUAGCCGAUUUUGGGUUGUCUAGAACUGAUGAUCAAUCUCAUUUUUCAACUCAUUUUGCUGGUACACCUGGAUAUUUUGAUCCUCGAAAUCAAAAUGUAAAUAAGCAGAGUGAUGUAUAUAGCUUUGGAAUUAUAUUGCUCGAGCUAAUCACGGGAAAACCUGCUAUAAAAAGAGGUUCGUCGUCGAUGUUUGAAGGGAAUUUUCACAUACUAAAUUGGGUGGAAUCAAUGAUAAAAAAUACAGGAGACAUCGAAAAGAUUGUUGAUUCAAAAUUAGGAGGAGAGUUCAACCAAAAUUCAGCAUGGAAAAUCGUAGAACUCGGAAUGUCAUGUACACAACCAACUGCACUGAAGAGACCAGACAUGAGACAUGUUUUUGGAGAGCUCAAGGAAUGUUUGGCAGUCCACCAAAACACUACUACAACAACUGAAACUCGUAUCAUCUCCACACGAGUUCUAUCUCACUCUGAAAUAGCUCCAUCUCCUAGAUAAUCCCACAACCCGUACAAUAUUAUAUCAUGAAAGUUUUAGCUGGAGGCCCUUCGUCUUUUGUUUCAUGAUUUAAUUUCACUAUCCUACGAUUUGGAAUGAGGAGUAUUGCAAAUUCUAUUUUGUCGUCGGGUCAAUAUGAUGUAAACUAUCUGAUAGAAUGCAAUCACAGACCACACUGUGAGAUAUUUAUUUAGUGUCGACUAUUAUGAUAUCUUUAAUCUUUUCUCUUCGAAUAAAGAUACAGUACUUCUUCAA